GCAUACUCACGGAUCGAUCAGAAUCACCUUCUUCUGACAUGCACGUCUCCCAAUGCCAUCCAUCGGGUUCGCUUUGCAGCAAUGCAACAGGUUUAUUUCCGGGAACUCGCCAAAGAAUACUCGAAAGCUCCUUCACGAGACUGGUCUCAGCUCACUACAAAUCCACCAGUCGUCCUUCGGCUCCAUUCACAGUUCCAAUGGCCACCAAAGCUCUGAUACCAUUCCUCUUCGUCGCCGCCGUCCUCGGUUCGACCGCAUCGGCCUGCGGCACCUGUACUCACCCGACGUUCCCUCGCCCACCCUCCUCCAAGAGACCACCGAAGCACCUGCCACCCUACACCAACCCUCCCGUGGUCGGGCCGCCAGCCGAAGGCGGCGGUGCUCCUCCGGGAACCUCGCCGCCGGCCACGUGCUCGCUGGAUAUUCUGAAGCUGGGCCUGUGUCUCGACGUGCUGGGGGGGCUGGUGCACGUCGGCCUCGGCAAGCCGGCGGAGAACGUGUGCUGCCCUGUGUUGCAGGGCCUGCUGGAGCUGGAGGCGGCGACGUGUCUUUGCACCGCCAUCAAACUGAGGCUGCUCGACCUCGAUAUCUACAUCCCCUUGGCGCUGCAGGUGCUCAUCACCUGUGGCAAGGAUCCAGCUCCCGGGUACCUCUGCCCUCUUAGCUAGAUCUGCGAUGGAAGUUGGUGCUUAGGAUUCUGCUGCUAGGAUUUGGGACUGAUGGCAACAUUGCUUAGAUUUUAGGGGUUCGGAUUAGAUUUCUUGCGUCUUCGCUUUGAUCAUGCGGCGUGGUGAAUGUAAUUAAUCUCUCAUAUAUUUUCCCGCAUUGAGGUCUUAUCUUGUUGA